AUGAGAAUUUCCCCUAUCUCUUCUCCCAAAAUUCUCCCAUAGAAGUUCCAACCACCGUCUUCACCUUCUCUCCCAUUUUCUGUAAAAGUCUGCCCAGAAAAUGUCAACUCGUAAACUAAUACACCACACAGCCCGUCGCAGCACCCACCAUUAUCUCCCAUCUCGCUGCCAUGCCACCCUCACUCCCACCUCCUCCAAUUCACCUCCCUCAGUUCCUUCUCCACCACCUCCUAAUCUCAUGAUCUAUGAUCGCUUAGCUGAAUCCAUCAAAUCCAAGAUCAAACGUCUUGAAAAUCCUGAUCCACGUUUCUUACGCUACACCUCUCCACAUCCAACCACUGCCGACCAUUCCCAGAUCCUUCAAUUCCCUGAAACGCGGAUUACUACUCUUCCUAAUGGUCUCCGUGUUGCCACCGAGUCACGACUCGCUGCUAAGUCUGCUGCUGUUGGUGUUUGGAUUGACUCUGGUAGCCGAUUUGAAGCGGAGGAUAAGAAUGGCGUUGCUCAUUUUUUGGAACGCGCUGUUUUGACGUCUGAGGUUGAAGAUGCAGCGGAUGUUGGCGCCGAAUUGGACGGGUUUACGGAUAGAGAGGUGUCUGGGUUUGUGGGUAAGGUUGGUAGUCAGAAUUCCGGGAAAGUUCUUGAGAUUCUGGGGAAAUUGUUGCAGAAUUCGGAUUUCAGUGAAGAGAAAAUUGAGAAAGUCAGAAAUGCAAUCCUCAGAGAAAAAGAGCAGACUGUUGCUGAAGGUGAUCAAGUUAUCAUGGACCAAUUACAUGCCACUGCAUUCCAAUACACUCCACUUGGUAGGACAAUUCCUGGACCUGUGAGUAAUUUAAAAGCAAUCACUAAUGCCGAUAUUCAAGAGUAUAUCUCGUCCAACUGUGCUGCCCACAGAAUGGUGAUUUCUGCUUCAGGAGCUGUUAAACAUGAAGAUAUUGUGGAGCAAGUUAAAAAGGUCUUCACAAAGCUUUCAGCUAAUCCGGCUACAACAUCUCAGCUAGUUGCUAGUGACCCUGCUAAUUUCACCGGAUCAGAGGUGCGGAUGAUAGAUGAUGAUCUUCCUCUUGCACGAUUUGCGGUUGCAUUUGAAGGGGCUUCUUGCAAAGACUCGGAUGCUAUUGCAUUAAUGGUGAUACAGACUAUGCUAGGUUCAUGGAGCAAAAUGGAAGGGAGUGGAAAGCAUGUUGGAUCGGAGCUCGUUCAAAUGGCCUCCAUUAGUGAGCUUGCGGAAAGCAUCAAGACAUUCAAUAUAAACUACAAGGACACUGGUCUUUUUGGUGUUUACGCCAUGGCCAAGCCUGAUUGCUUGGAUGAUCUAUCAUACGCAAUUAUGCAUGUAAUAAGCAAGUUGUCCUAUCGAGUUUCAGAUGAGGAUGUCAUCCGUGCACGCAAUCAGCUGAAAACCUCUCUUCUAGGUAAUAGUAAUGGUAUCAGUGGAGUUGCUGAAGAUCUUGGACGUCAGUUGCUAAUCUAUGGAAGAAGAAUUCCUUUUGCUGAAUUAUUUGUGAGAAUUGAUGCAGUGGAUGCCAGUGCUGUGAAACGCGCUGCCAAUCGUUUCUUAUUUGAUAGGGAUAUUGCAAUUGCUGCAAUGGGACCAAUCAAGGGACUACCAGAUUACAACUGGUUCAGGCGCAGGACAUACUGGCUCCGCUACUAAAUCUUUCGUGUUCAUUCGGUAUUUAAAAAUGUAUGGCUAACGAUUCCCACGAUUCACGUCUUUAUUCCUUCCUAACGAUUCGGGGCUCCGUUUCAGGUUUGUAUCUUACAUUGUUUGCUCGGGUGAGAAAAUCAGUCAUCAUCUCGAAAUGUUUCUAAGAGAAAUAAAUAUUAGACAUUCAUAAGCAUUGCAGUGUUCUUGUGACACUCUAAAUUCACAUUAAUUUUUGGUAUAUAUUUAUAAAAAGUAUAUGCUUUAUACGCUACGAGUAGUUUAUAUAUAAAUCUCCUAAUUUCCUUGUAAAGGGGAAUUAACAUUAAAUACACUACCAUCAUUUUUUUUUUUAAAUUUUUUUUUUAAAUUUUUUUUUUAAUUUUCUUUGAUUAGUAAGUAAUAAGUGUGACGGAACUGCGGGAUUUUGUAUCUGUCUGUCUUUCUGGUUAAUUGGAUAUUAUAUGGAAACAAUAUAUCAUAUGUUUAUAUAUGUAAUUUUUAUAUAUAAUAUUUGAACAAACUUCUUGCAAUA